CAAGGGUGCGCGGCGAUCUACCAGCAGGAUGCGGCGCGCGCGGGCAUUGUCGACGUGAGCCGCCGCGCAGGGCUCUGUGCUCGUCGUGUAAAUGUUUACCCGGGUCGCCGGCGAGGCUUGAGACCAGGGAGACGAGGGGAGGAGAUAAACUCCGGUGUUGUUUACCCGCAAGAGGGGUGUGUGAGAGAGAGAGGGGGUGUAGCGAUGAUGAUGAUGAAGACGGAGGACCCGCUGGCCGACGCGGCCGUCCAGCUGGGGCAGAUGACGACGACGACCCAGCACCACCACCACCACCCGUCCGUGGUGCAGCAGACCAUCAACAUACAGCAGCACCUGCACCACCUGCACCUGCACCAGCACCAGCACAGCGUGAUCCUGAGCGCCGACCACGGCGGCGGCAUCCUGGGGCUGGAGGCGGCGGCGCACCACAACGGCGGCGGCAUCGUGUCGCAGCAGCAGCCGCCGGCGGAGCCGCUGCCGCAGCAGCAGCAGCAGCAGCCGCCCCCGGGCCAGGACCAGGACAAGCCCCCCGCCUCCGGAGACUCUAGUGCCGCCUCCAAGAAGGGCAACCCGGGCGCGCGCCGCCAGGAGAAGCCCCCCUACUCCUACAUCGCCCUGAUCGUGAUGGCCAUCCAGAGCUCGCCGGCCAAGCGGCUCACCCUCAGUGAGAUAUACGCCUUCCUGCAGCAGCGGUUCCCCUUCUUCCGCGGCUCCUACCAGGGCUGGAAGAACUCCGUGCGGCACAACCUCUCGCUCAACGAGUGCUUCAUCAAGCUGCCCAAGGGGCUGGGGCGGCCCGGCAAGGGCCACUACUGGACCAUCGACCCCGCCUCGGAGUUCAUGUUCGAGGAGGGCUCGUUCCGGCGGCGGCCGCGCGGCUUCCGGCGCAAGUGCCAGGCGCUGAAGCCGUCCUACCACCCGGCGGCGGCGGGCUACUUCACGGGCGUGCCCCAGGCCGGCCACUACGAGCCCUUGCCGCCGCCCCCGCAGGAGUACCAGCAGCACCAGUCCGCCUGCUCGUACGGGGUGCCGCAGCAGCAGCAGCAGCAGCAGGCGCCGGCCGGCUCCGUGGGGCACCACUACAUGGCGGCGGCGGGCUACGACUACGGCGUGUACCAGCAGCAGUGCGCAGAGCGCGACGCCUGGGCGGCGGCCUUCGGCGACGGCGCCGGCGGCUACAUGAAGGCGCCGCCGCUCAGCCCGCAGCCCGAGCACCACCAGCAGAUGACGCCGCCGCCGACGUCCGUGGCCGAGGCGUACGCCUACCAGUACGGCGUCCAGACGUCGGACCACGGCGCGCGGGGGUCGUCGCAGCCCCUGCAGUGCGACCGGAAGCCUUACAUGACCCCGCCGCCGCCGUCCAUCCCCACCAGCCUGCCGUCCCCGCCCGCCGCCAACACGGCGCACGCCUUCUACGAGAACAUCAAGUACACCAUCUGA